UGAAUAUACAAAAAUUAAUGUUAUUUCUAUUGCAAAAGGAUAACAAAGUCGCCCAUUUGUUUAUCGCCAGCACUUUCGAUGUUUUAUAUGAAGAUUUUGUAACGGUAUUGAGAGUUUCUCAUUACUAAUUACAAUAGCAUGUUCGAUAUGUUAAAUGUAAAUGAAUGCAUGUUUCAGCUUACAACUUUGGAAAUAUCAUAUUUCAAUAUGAUUUAUGUCAUGCAGUAAAGACGUGAACAGUAGCAAAAAUAUUACUAAUCGAUUUUAUAAGAUUAGCUUUUGGAAAAUGAUUGUUCGAUAUCGAAUAUUGUUAUUACUUUUAUUACAUACUACUUACAGACGUAAUGAAACUGACAGUGCAUGAAGUGAAUUUAAUUUCCGUUUCAAUAAAAUGAAUAAAUGAUUUUUCAAUGUAUUUUCUGUCUCACCUUAUGUUUAUGGAUGAAAGAUUUAUACCAUGUGUCGUACGGUGAUGACGAGACUAAUAAAUCACACCCAUCGCUUAUCGAACGAGAAAAUUUGCUUGAGGCUACCAAAUGUAAACUUGUGCUUGUUAGGUACUCUAUUGUUACAAUUGAUGCGUUUAACAGAGAACACAAAACGCAUCUCUGCCUGUUGAAACUGCCCCGUCAAUGCUGAAGGUGAAAGUUCGUAAUGCUAGCACGUCACACGACUAACUGCGCAAAAAUGCUACUCGCGUGAGGAAAUCGAUACGGUGAAAUAUAUUUUCGCCGAAGGUAUCGUUCAGAAGAAAAACUCGUAAUUACGUUAAUUCCCGCCGCUAUUGCUUUCGUUUUACCACGGAGGUUGAUUGUUUAUCGAUCGGUAUCACAAGUACUCCCUUUCACAAGCGUUCCCCUCACUUUUUCAUCGUGCGAUCACGAAGAUGCACUAUAUUAUUGCCGUUAUUUAGUAAUUUGGCGAUAAUGCACUUUCACGAUAUUUCCGCGGAUUAUUUAUCUAGUUAAUAUCUAGGUCGAAAAUACAUUUCUAUUGCGAUAAUCGGUAUCAUAGCGAAAUAUUGUUCUCCUCGAAAUUUUUCCCUUCUUUCAUUCGCUCGUCGAGCUUCUUGUAGAAUAUGUCGGUGGAGGACCGUUAUUACAAGUUCAAUCGUAUCCUACUCAAGUUACUCGGGCUGUGGCCCUAUCAGGACUCGAAAUGGGCAUGCAUCCAGGCUAUCUUCAUGACGAUCAUGUACUUCUCGACGCUAUUCGUUCAGGUAUCACGCGUUCUUGUGCUCUUCGCGUACUUCGGUCCGGAUGCGAGAAGUGCUAUCAACGCGCGUCGUUGUCGACGUAAUUAUCGUUUUUAGUUGGCGGUGCUCAUCACUCACGAGUGCACCAUGGACUUAUUGAUUAAGGUGUUCUCUUUCAUUUUCGUCACUAUUUUCGAGUUGUACAUAUAUCACUUGUACCAUUUAAAAUCCGACACGGUAAGUUGACGACGAGUUACCUCGCUUUGUUCGUCCGAACGUGUCAUGAGGCUCGUUUGUUUGCUACAGAUAAAAGAAAUCAUGGAAAUAUGUAUCAGGAUUGGAAGUUUUUCAAGAAUAAAGCAGAACUCGAUAUAAUGAACGAUUACACCAACUUGGCGAAACAGUUUACGGAAAUAUUUCUAUGUGAGCAUCGAUUACGGGCUAAUUUGUACACGUGCACAUUUAUUGCACAUUUAUUGCAAUUAUAGCAAGUUAAUGCUUAGCAUAAUUGUAGUAAUAAUUACACUUCAUCGUUUACGUUUAUUCAAUAUUAUCUGGUUUACGCACAUGCGCGCACACAUUGUCAGUAUUCGUAAUGAUUCGUGGUUCUGAUCAAUUUGAUACGGUUUUAAUGUCGCACUCAGUUCUACAUUAUGCUUUUCUCUUUCAUAAUUAAUUUAAUCCCUUGCACUAUGAUGUAAGUUGCAACAGCAUGUGCCAAAGUCGGUGAUAAAACCGGAAAAUACAAAUUACAUCUGUAAUGUCGAGUCACAUAAAUCGUAAAGUCGCAAAACGCAAAUCGCAGACGUAGAACAUUAACCAGAAUAUGUAAAAAUUGAACCACGAGUCUCACUUGUAUUUCUUAUGUUUGAUUCGCAAAACAUACGAUAAUUCUUAUUCGUACUUCUUAUAUUUGGCCCGAUAUACAUACCACGAGUCUGACUCGUGUUUUUUAUGUUUGGCUCACAAAGGAUAUCACGAAUCUCACACGAUAUAGGAUAAGAGGUCAACAGGGAAAAUAUGUUUACACUUGUAUUAAUAGUACUAUGAUGUCUUUUUUGUCCUUAAUAUCAUUUUGCUUAGGCUACGAAAGUAUUAAUACAGCAAUACAGAUGUUUUAAUCCCACAUAAUGUGCCUGAUUGUAUUAAUUGCUUGUAGUAUUAUUAACCGAACUAAUUUAUUAAAACACUGAUGUAACUUGAUAUUUCUCAGUUUGUCUCUGUCUUGCCAUAAUAACAGCCACAAUAUGUAACAUUAUGCCAAUAAUUUGUGACAUUAUUUCGCCUGUGAAUGUGAGUCGGAUGGAAAAUCUAUACUUUGCAGUGGAGUACUUCGUGGAUCAGUCCAAGUAUUGUUACAUAAUAAUGUUACAUUUGACGGUUUCCAUAUGCUUAGGAUUGGUCACAGGGACAAGUACCAGUGUAACACUUUACGGUUACGCUUUACACGCUUGUGCGUUGUUUAAAGUGGCCAAGUGAGAAUUCGAAAUAAUCAAAUCCGGAAGAAUCAAGCGAUAUGCAAUAUAAAUGUUACGUUUUCAGCUAUCGGAUGGAAAGCACAAUGGACAAGGACGUAUUGCGAAUCCCUAAUCCGCAAAGGCAGCACGUAAUUCGCGACAGACUGAUUUGCGCAGUCAUCAUUCAUCGAAGGGCUUUUCUGUUUUGCGAAAUUUUAUUGCUAAAUUUGCGAAGGUCGCUUCUCUUUUUAAUUGUAAUCGGUGUGGUGUCUUUGUCAAUCAAUCUAUUUCGUGUAAGUAAUACGAUAUUUUAUACCAUCUAUUUUUUCCAGAAUAAUCAAGUAAAUAUCUCUUUAAUCGUACGUUUAACAUCACAGCUUCUUAAAGCGAUAACAGCGCCCAAGGAAAUAAUUGAAAUAAUGACAACAUCUUUUGUUAUUUUCUUUCACUUUUUUUAUAUGUUCCUUGGUAACCUUAUCGGUCAACAAAUUACAAAUAUUAAUGCCGAAAUCUUCAAUAUAAUAUGCAACUUACCAUGGUAUACAGCUUCUUUAAGUGUACAAAAAUUACUGCUGUUUUUACUACAAAAAAAUAGUAAAAAUUUUUAUAUUUCGUUAGGUGGUAUAUUGGAUGCUUCAUAUGAGAGUUUCACAAUGCUCUCAAAGUUAUCAGUAUCGUACUUCUCAGUACUUCACGCUAUUCAAUAAAAAUAUAAAUUAUAACAGAGAUAUUUAUAGUCAAUUUAUAGUGACGUGCACCUCGCGAUAUUAUAUAAAAGUUAUCAUUGUCUGAUUUAGAAAUAUUCAAACUCUAUACGAUAUUGUACAAUCUGAAAUAAAUAACAGAGUAUCACAAAAUAAAUAAAUCAAGUUGAAAUGUUGCGUUCUACCUAACUGCUUAUUCGGUUUUUGUACUGUAAUAUAAAAGUUACGAAAUUUCGUUAUCAGAUUAACUUACAUUUUGCUAUAUUUGCAACUAUUCCAUGUUGUUGAGAAACACGUUUUUCUUACGUUGUUCUUCAUGUCUUUUUUGCAUCAAUUACUCGUUCAAAUGUUUCAAUUAUCAUUGGUAGCGGUCGUCUGUGACUGUUUCAUUUGAUUUCAGUAGCUCAUGGUACGUUUCACACUACGUCCCUUCCUGUUUCCACCAAAUACAACAUUACGUUGUGACUAUAAAUAUUCCAUUUAGGCAUCGAAAUUGAUCCAGGUUAGUCCAGAAUUUUUUGCAUUUCGGAUUAUCAUAAUAGAUCUAUUUUUCAUUGCCAAUCACAAUUUGCCACAAAAAUUCUCUUUCUUAUACCUUGCGAGCAGUGGGGGCAUUUAUUCCCUCCGUAACCUCCUAUGCAAGCGUCAACUACGUCACAAGUUUUGAUAGACUCGUACUUAAAUAUACAAUAGGGCGCUCUUAGGGCGAAACCAAUGUAGUAUAAUACAGAAUUAUGAUUGCGUUCCCAUAUUCACUGCCAAUAUUGAAAAUACAUCAUUUAUGUUACGUAUACUAUAGAUUUUCAGUGCUGGC